GGUGUUUGUUUGAAUUCGGGUUAUUCACGUUGAAAGAAAUUUUAAAGGCUGUUCGCACCUACGUGAACACUCAUAUGUAAUUGUCAAAGUGUGCGUGAUGACAAAAGCAAAAAUUUUCCUUCCUUCUUUUUCGCAUGCAAAAACCAAACAAAUACCAGCAACACCGUCAACGCGAAUGGUUUGGAUUGUCGAUCAACUCGGUGAAGGUGUCUUCGAAUCGAGCUAAAAAUGUCCCGCCGGUUGGCCAAACUAAACCCGUAUGAGCUGCACAAGCACCUGAUCAACGAGUACGUUUUAACCAAACCGGGCACUACGCGGCACCUGCAGCGAGAUUGUUCCCGGGACAAAACAGAUCACGAUGUUAUUCGGGAGAACCACCGCUUCCUGUGGGACGGCGAAGAAGUGGACUCGUGGGAAAAACAACUGGCUAAGAAGUACUACGACAAGCUGUUCAAGGAGUACUGUAUAGCCGAUCUAAGUCGAUACAAAGAAAAUAAAGUGGCAAUGCGCUGGCGGAUUGAGAAAGAAGUUAUUGCCGGUAAGGGUCAGUUUACAUGUGGCAACCGAACUUGCGAGGAGCGAGAAACUUUGCGAAGCUGGGAAGUUUACUUUGCCUAUCAGGAGCACGAAACGCGGAAGAACGCGCUAGUUAAGUUGCGGUUGUGCCCAAAGUGUUCGGAUAAGUUGAACUAUCAUUCCAAGAAGCGGGAAAUCAAACGACUGAAGAAACGGGAGCGAAGUAAACAAGCCCAGAGAUGCGAUUUCGAAGCAGUCGAACCGGAGCGUCUGAAACGCACAGAAACGGGCGAUGGCCAGGACAAAGGUUCAACAAAUUUGAACGAAAGUGGGCAGAGCUCUGACGUGGUGGGUAAUGAUCCAGGGGAUCAAAGUGGUAUACCGAGUUCCUCUUCGUCCUUGAUGGAAAAUUGCUGGACAAAAGGUCCCGAUUUGGAAGAAAAAUCUCGAGAAGAGGAGUUUGAUGAUUACUUAGAGAGUUUACUUUUGUAAUUUUAAUUGAUCUAAAGACGUUUUUUAUAUUAAAAUCCCUCUUCCUCAAGCAA